AUGGCCUCGAACACGAAGUACGCCCCGGCGCCCACCCAGGAUCCCGAUGAGCCCUCCAGCUACUCUCAGCCGCCCCCGGCCUACCAGGCCGAAUCCUCUUCGGCUCAGGAUACUGAUCGCCUCUUUGGCGGCGGUGCUCCUCGCAGUAGCCAGGAUGAUGACCUUCCUGACGACUUCAAGUUCGGCGGUUCAGUAGCUGAAGCUACCACCGAUAUCCGCAACCAGUUCAUCCGAAAGGUGUACGCGAUCCUCACCGUUCAGCUCAUCGCGACUGGCGCUGUCUCUGCCGUCAGCUUCUGGAGCGAAAGCUACAAGGCAUGGAUCCAAUCCCAUCCAGGUCUCGUCCUAGUAUCCCUUAUCGGCUCCAUCGUCUUCAUGCUCCUGACCUACUGGAAACGCAAGUCCUACCCUACGAACCUCCUCUUCCUCAGCCUCUUCACGUUGACUGAAGCCUACACGAUCUCUGUAAUUGUUUCCUUCUACAAGACCGAAAUCGUUCUCAACGCUGUUGUCCUCACGGCUGGAAUCUUCGUCUUCCUCACCCUUUUCGCCUGCCAGACCAAGUAUGACUUCACUUCGUGGAUGCCCUACCUCUUUGGCGCCCUCUGGGGCUUGGUCCUGUUCGGCUUCAUGGCUGCUUUCUUCCCCUACAGCUCCACCACUGAGCUUGUCUACGGUGGCCUCGCGGCCUUGAUUUUCAGCGCCUACAUCCUCGUCGACACGCAGCUCAUCAUGCGCAAGCACCACGUUGAGGAGGAGAUCGCUGCCUCCAUCAGUCUGUACCUUGACAUCAUUAACCUGUUCCUUGCCAUCCUGCGCAUUCUCAACAGCCAGCAGAACAACUAA